AAGAAGCGUGAUGUCGGGAAGAGGAAAAGGAGGCAAAGGCCUGGGAAAAGGCGGAGCGAAGCGGCACCGCAAAGUGCUCCGUGAUAACAUCCAGGGCAUCACGAAGCCAGCCAUCCGGCGCCUGGCUCGCCGUGGCGGGGUCAAGCGCAUCUCGGGCUUGAUCUACGAGGAGACCCGCGGGGUGCUGAAGGUUUUCCUGGAGAAUGUGAUCAGGGAUGCGGUGACCUACACUGAGCACGCCAAGCGCAAGACGGUUACUGCCAUGGAUGUGGUGUACGCUCUGAAACGCCAGGGCCGCACUCUCUAUGGGUUCGGCGGCUGA